AUGUCAUCCUCCCCCUCCUCCCCCUCCUUCGCCAACAAAACCAUCGCCAUCACCGGCGCCGCCUCGGGCAUCGGCCUCGCCCUCGCCCAUCUCCUCGCCUCCCGCGGCGCUGCCCUCGCCCUCGCCGACGUAAACGGAGCCGCCCUGACCGCCGCAACGGCUUCCAUCCGGCAGUCUCACCCCACCGCGCGCAUCCUCGUCGCCACCGCGCUCGACGUCCGCGACCGCGCCGCCGUCGCGCGGUGGAUCCGCGAAGCCGCCGACCAGCAACCGCUGACGGGUGCGGCGAACAUUGCGGGCAUCAUCAACAGCGGGCUGAACGUGGAGGAUGUCGAAGAGACGAGCGAUGGGGAGUGGGAGAGGGUUUUGGGCGUCAAUUUGACGGGGGCGAUGGUGUGUUUGAGCGAGGAAGUGAGGGAGAUGAAGAGGUGGACGAGGGAAGAGAGGGAGAAGAAGGAGAAGAAGGAGGAGAAGGAGUUGCGGAACGGUGGUGGUGAUGUCGCUGCCGCCGCUGCCGCUGCCGGUGCGGGCGGUGUUACUGGUGGGUUUUCCAUUGUCAACACGGCGAGCAUUGUGGGAAUCAAGGGCGGGGCGCGGUGCAGCGCGUAUGCAGCAUCGAAAGCCGGAGUGAUUGCUUUGACGAAGAGUGUGGCGAGGGAAACGGGGGAGUGGGGCAUCAGAGUGAAUGCCGUUGCGCCUGGCGUUAUUCUCACGCCAUUGACGGGUUUGGACACCUCUGGUGCAAAAGAGGGUCAGCAAGAGUGGAACAAACUUGCACCCCUUGGCCGCGCUGGGCAACCGGAAGAGGUUGCAGAGGUGAUUGCAUGGCUUUUGAGCGAUAACAGCUCGUAUGUCACAGGCAUGGUGCACGAGGUUGAUGGUGGUAUUCUGGCUUAA